AUGGAAGAACUAAUAACGAAUGUGAAUGCAUUGCAAUGUUCAGCGACCUCGCCAAACAAAAGUUCGCCAGCGACGCUAAAGGACUCAGUAGCAGAUCAUCACGCCACUUCAUCAACAAGAAGCCCUGACCCAGUACCUGCCACUGUGCUGACCAUGAUUAUUCCAGAUUUUCCUCCUCAUGCACGCGAGAAUGAAUCCUUUGUUCCAAAUCAGAUGCCAUAUUACAGCCGCCCCGCAUUGGAUGUGCCCCCAUGCCGCAUUGGAUGUGCCCCACAUUGGAUGUGUAAGCAGAUACAAACGGGUCAGUUUUUUGAUUUAGCAAAAUUAUUAGCUCAUGAAUUCCCUUCCACCGCAGAUGAGGAUGCUAUGAUGGUCUUAACCAUGGAAGGCCCUAUAUGUCCCUCAUUCACUAUGCCUACCAAACCCAUCGGGGCCCUUG